AUGUCUCGUACUCUUGUGAUUUUCCUGAUUUUUCCUGCAUUUUUCUCCUUUGUGAAAUUUUCAGAGGCCGCUCUAUCUUGCCAGAAUGCUCAAGGGAAUCCAAUUGACUGGUUUAACUUGUACAAACUGCCCAAGAAGAUUUCAACAGGACUGCAGUAUCUCGUGCUGACGGAUAAAGACAAUGACUGGGCACUUUCUGCUGAUUCUAUUGAUGAUCCCAAAAGCAUUCCUGGUCGCACUUUGUCUCAACUCACUGAUCAGCAUCUGGUGCUGAUGUACAAUGAUGAACCACCUGAAGGUGAGACAGAUGCCACGAGAGGGCAUACAAAGGGAGUCAUCGGGACAGAUGGGGAAUCAGGCUUCUGGCUUAUUCAUUCUGUACCCAAAUAUCCAGAAAGGCUGUCUUCAGCGUACACCUAUCCAAAAACUGGCACAAUCUACGGGCAGAGCUUUCUCUGUGUCACCUUUAAUGCAUCAGAAAUGGACACCAUAGGCCUCCAGUUGCAGAUGAAUGAGCCACAUUUCUAUGAAAUCAACCUCCCAGAAUCACUAAAAGACAAAUUUCCGAAUCUUGUCAGAGCAUCGGACAUGAAAAUGAUCAGAGAACCGCCUUUUUGGCGUCUCGAGGAGCUGCAAUCUCAACAGGGAAAUACUUUCAGGAGCUUUGCUAAAAGUGCCAAAUUCAAGAAAGAACUCUACAUGGAUUGGGUGGCUCCUACUCUAGGUGCAACUUUUAUGGUGGAAUCUUGGCUCCAUGGUCCUGGUCGUUUGGAAUCAAACUGUUCAACGCAAUUUGGAGUGUUCAAUCUCAAAGAUCUCGUGGUGCAUAUGGAAGGGAAAUUAACUACUUUUCGCACCUUGGAUGAUCACUCAAAAUGGGCAGUUUCCCUGGGAGAGAAGGAUUGGAUUUGUGUGGGAGAUAUCAAUCGAGCUGAGCAUCAAAAAGUACGUGGGGGAGGUACUCUCUGUAGGUGGGACAAGAAAGUAGCCACAGCCUACAGGAAUACCAUUGUGGAUUAUGAUCCCUGCGCUAUGGAAAUAUGUGAUGAAGAGGAAGAAGAACCAUAUUUUUGAAUAAAAAACAACUUUAUUUCUGCUCACA